CAUGCUAAAACACAAAAUGAUACAACUGCUUGCGAUGAUGCAUACCGUAAUUUUACAGUAGGAUCGAUCGUGGGUUAUGGAUUAGGAAUUAUUAUCUCGAUUCAUUUUGCCACAGUCAUUCGUGAAUAUUCUAUAAGACGUAAGGCUGAAGAGGACAAUCCGAAUAAUCCGGAUAAUCCUAAAUAG